CCCAUUUACGAUCCAAACAUAACCAGCACUUCCAUCUCUCAUCUCCUCUCUCAUAGCUUCACUCGUCAUCAGAAGCUUCCCUUCUCUUCUUACAAAUCGCAUUUCACUCCUUUUCACGAUACAGAUGCUCCCGCAUACCAAAUUUGAUUUCUUUGGCAGAGAAUCAUACACGUAGAUGAAUUAAAGACCCUAUGUUUCUUCGGGUCAAGAGUUGCAUUCAAACUGUUCGUUGAAAUUCCCAAUAGAGAAGUCGCUUCCAAAUGUUGGGUAAUGUACAUCACAUAACAAGGCAUCUAAACUCUCUACUCUGUUUCAGGGCAAGCCCAGGUCGCUUCUCCCGUUCAGUCAAUGCCCUGUUUCAUUCUUCUGUUGGUUCCCAAGAAGAAGCACUGCCUUGCGAAUGGUACAGAAACAAACUCUCGGUUCUGACAAAACUAACACGUGCGUUGCAAGACGUUGAUUUAGUCGAUGGGAAGCUCGAGGACAUCAAUGGCGUAAUCGUCUAUGAUGACGCUAUCAAACAAAAGAUGCAAGCUUUCAAGUCUUUAGCUAGAAUCUUCGUUGGGUCUCCUUCACUUCAGCAGAAGCUCAAGCAACAGGGACGAGGGCGCUUAGCUUUCGGUACUGCAAGCGAAAGAGAGCCGUUUCUGGUGAAUUCACUGACCAAAGUUUGCAACUUUCUUGACAUCUCUUCGCAGCAGAGGAAGAUGGUGAGGUGCACAGUGUGUUCGCAGGUGACUCAGUAUCGUAUCUGGAGAGGUGCUCUCGAAGAUAUACUGAAUAAUCUCAAGGAAGAAGUUGAUUGGUUACUCGAACAUAGCGAGGAGAAGAAGACACAAGGCGCGAAGUUGGGCCAGCAAGUGAUUUUGUCUUGCCUCAAGUUCUUAUCCGAGUCAUCGGUUUCUUAUGAAGUCGAGAGCUCGACUUCUUGGAUGCGGCCUGUGCCAGCUCGUUACGCAAAGGCGAGCGCCUCUGCGAAGUGGGAAGAUGUUCUCGACAUGGUGAAUGAUCUGAGAAGGUACCUCCUCGAGCAUGACUUUUACCAUCUGGAGAAGCUUUUGUCGAUGAAAGAAGGGCUUCUACAGAUCAAAGACGUGUUUCUGGACAACACUAUUGGAUUCAGAGAGGUUAGACACCAAGAGCACCUCGUGCAUAGAAAGCUUUCGAAGAUGCUGGGAAGUCCUUCGCCUUGUUUGUUCACUCUCCUCGUGUAUUUUCUCUACGGCAGUGUGCGUGACAUCGAGGUUGAUCUCUGCGGAGGGUUCUACAAGGAGGAGAAGGGGGAGUUCUUUUGCUUGAGCAUGGGGAGGAUCUUGACCUCAGCGGAUGAGAAAAUGGUUCGGAGAGGGGUUAAGCAGUUAGAUAGAGCUUUAGGUCUGUUUGAGUUUGUGUGGGAGACAGCAGGAAUGAAAGAGACUCUUAACCUGCAAGGACAUUUAUGGUGCCUUGGAGCUGAAGAAAAGACCAUCACUUAUCGUGGGAAAACAUUCUAUCUACAUGACCUUAGUCUAUGAAGUUUUGUGCUUUUGAGAUGAACAAUGUAAACUUAAAUUAAAUACAAAGAGUUUGAUAUAUAUAUGUUUCAUUGCUUCCAAGCUGUUUAAAGG